GAGGAAACGCUGCAGCUCAAGGAAACUCUGCACCGAUUCUGACUCGUGGAUGUGCAGAUCUGCCUCGGCGAUGAAUGGAAUAUUCAUCGCCCCUCUGCCUGCACCCGCCAUGAGGAUCUCCGUUCGGUGCUUUGCGGGCGGCGUGCUGCCACACGGUGGCGCUGUGCAGCAGCCCAGGAGCUUCCCCUUCCUCGCAGGAAUGGGGUAGGAACAUGAGAGCAAAGAAAUAGCGACACUGAAUGGACGCGUGUGUUGUGUUGUGUUGAUUGGUGACACAUUUUUCAGGAUCAACAGCCAGCAGCCUGCUGCCAGUGCAGCCAUCCCGGAAGACCAGUAUCUCACGAUGCGGCAGCGGCUGCGGAGGGCGCUCAUCCUCCCCGACGUCUGGAACUACCUCGCCAGCAGACUCAUCGGUGUGUACGCGCCAACCAGACCACACGCACACGUGUCAUGGCUGUCUGUGUUUCUGUGUGCCUGUGUGUCUGUGUGUGUGGCGUACCGUCCGUCCACACAGGCAAGCCCAAGACGAAACAGAUGCGUCGCUUGCUGUACUUCAACAGGAGGCACAAGAAGUUCGCCCCCGUGUUUAUCGACCAGCUCAAGCCCAAGAUGAAGUGGGCGGCCUCCGCGCUCGAGGAGUCCCAGCUGCCCCUCCCACGGCUCCCAGAGGUCGCAUUUGCAGGCCGCAGCAACUGCGGCAAGUCCACCCUCCUCAACGAGCUCGUGGGGCGCUCCAACAUCUCCAAAGUCGGCAGAAGGCCUGGUGAGUGGCUGGCAACUCACACCAGAUGAGAUGAGCACUCGUGACGUUGUGGUGUGUGUCGUGUGUGUCGUGUGUGUGGAUUAGGUACGACGCAGGAGCUGCAGUUUUACGCCAUCGGCAAGCCAGCGUUGCUGUGUAUGGUGGACCUCCCCGGGUACGGCCACGCUGAGGUCAAGGAGGAGAAGAGGCUGCAGUGGACAGAGUUCACCCUCUACUACAUCAAGAACAGAAAAAACCUCAAAAAGGUCGGUGUCUGGUGCCAGAAUGGUCUUGAAUGGCCAUCCUUCUGUGUGUGUGUUGUGUGUGUAGGUGAUGGUCCUGGUGGAUGCCCGUGUGGGUCUCAAGAAUGCGGAUCGCGAGCUGCUGUCCUUCUUGGAGCGGCAUGGCGUCAAGUGGCAGAUCGUCAUGACCAAAUGCGACCUCGUCGGCAUCAAAACAGCCUGCAAGAAAGUGGCACUCGUGAGUGAGCCGAGACAGACAGAACAUAGAUGCCAGCCACGACAGCACAACACAACACACGAAUGAAUGCACUGCGGUUGCUGUGAAUGUGAUGCUGUGCAGUUGCGCGAGGAGCUAGUUCGGUUCAAGGGCCAGGCAGGCCCUGUGCUGCCCGUCAGCGCAAUGCACAGACAGGUCAGUACCCACACUGCAGUCUGCAACCAACCAGACGUCCACACGUUCACUACGUGUGUGCGUAGGGUUUGGAUGACGUGCGUCGCGAGGUGGGCAACGUCAAGCUGGCCAAGAAAAUCGUUACCGACGGCAUCAGGCAGCGGGUCUGCGACCUCAUCGAGGCACAGAGACUCAAGCGACUGCAGGAACAAAAGAAGAAGUGGUCAGGCUGGCUGACACAGCACACACACGGCUAUAUCGUGUGUAUGGGUGUGCUGUGUACGUGUUGGUGUGUCGGUGUUAGGGAGGAGAAGCGCGCCAAGGCGAUUGAGGAGGGGCAAUCUGAGGCUGAUCUGGACAAGGAGGGCGACCCCUUUGUCGGCCGCCUGGCCGUGCAGAAGGCCCUCAAACGCUGGGGACUCAUCGACGAGACCGAAGAACAUGAAGACAAUAUGGAUAUGCCCCCCCCUGGUGCCACUUCCCCGGCCACUCAUCCAUCGGCUGUGGAUGAGUCAUCGGAGCAGAAGCUGAUGAUGUCCCUCACCACACACCCACUCGACGACCGUGACUGGAUCAGAAGCCACACCCUCGUACAAGACCUCGCAAUAUCUCUCGGCAUCGCACACCAAGACCAGCAACACGAGCAGCAACAGGAGCAGCCAUCCACUCCUCCGUCGCCCUCUCCUCCGUCUGUCCACCACCUGCCGUCGAUGGAGGCUGCCAUGGCUGCCCUGCCGCCCACAUGGGACUCUGAAGCCGACCUCGGCAGCACCACCGACAUGGUGCCCGAGAGCGACAUGGACGAUGCAGACGGGGGGAGGGACAGGCGACUGACGAGAGGCCGGGUGAUCGGCCGACGGAGGAUGAAGGACAAGAAAAGGCAUGUUGCUGCUGCUCUUGGUGAUGGUGGCGCUGCUCGUGGCGGUGGUGGUGAGCAUGAGCUCGCGAGACGGCUCAACGAGGUGGACCUGACUGAAGCAGACAAAGAAGACGCAACGGACCCUCCAUCGUCGCAGAGGCGCAGAUCCGACAGUCGGACAGCCCUUCUCCGUUCCAUGUCAGCAAGACGGCACCAUGACCAUUCCCAACCCACCCAACACCAUCACCAAGACAACGCAGAUGAGUGGCAAUGGGACGAGUCGGUGCCUGAGGCGACCAAGGAGCAGCCUACAAGCCGCUUCCCCUCUGCGAGGGCGGCCUCUCACGGCUACGAAUACGACAGCGCCCUCUCGUUCGAGCACAUCCCGCUGGUGGGCGGUCUGACGCGGACAGGCGACAUGGGCAGGGGGGGCCGAGAUGGUGUUGGUGACAGGGGUGCGAGGAGACAGCAGAUGAGACUCGAUAGCCAAGUGGCAGCGCUGGAACAGGUGCGUGCGGGGGGGUGGACAAAAGACGAUUGACGCCUCUCUCUCUCUCUCUCUCUCUGCGUGUGUUCUGUGUGUUAGGGUGAGGACAUCUCCGACGCUCGUCCAGUGCACCCGCCCUCUCAUCAGCAUCGGCCGGCCAUCCCUUCAGCAGUGGACGACUGGCGCGCCGAGCCGAUGGGUGCCCGAGGGCUGGCCUUCGACCUCUCCAUGACACCAACCGACAGACACGAGCCGGCCCACACAGAGACACCUGGGUCGGCUGCUGCUGCCGGGAGGAUGCCAUCACUGCCGCCAGCUGGUGGUGGUCGCAAGUCGUCUUCUCACUCACGGCGGGUCCGUCAGGACACUUUCCUGGAACAUGAAGACCUCAUGAGCAAGGUGACGUCUUCACACGCUCAGACGCACACGCAUGCACACAUGGGUGUGGGGGCGUCCGUGCCUUCUUCGCUCGUCGUGUCCUGCAGGCCGAGUUGAUGUCUGGGAAGCGGAAGCCGAUGCUGCGCCACGCCAAGCAGGGCACUCAGCUGUCGGACCCACCUGACCGCACGCAGUACACCGGUGGGCGGAUGUUCCCACCACACACACUCAACAUGCACACCAAGAUGUUUUGGUGUGUGUGUUGGUGUGUUGUGUGUCGCGUGUUUGGUGUGGCAUGUAGGAACGUAUGAGAGGGAUCUGCGUGGCGGCUACGAGCGCAAGUGGCGGAUGGAGCUGGACGAGCUCGACGGAUCCAAAGCUCAACACAACCUCAAACAACUCACUGCCCACAAAGAAGGCACGUGCCAUUCCCCUCCCUCCCCCUCCCCCCCAUACACACACACACACCCACUUUUGUGUGGUGUGCUGCAAUGGACGGUAUGGAUGCAGGUAAGGUCUACUCGAGCGAGUCCGGUGUCCUGCUGCCCCGCCGCAAUCACAAGCAGAAGCAGAAGCCCACUCCCGCCUCCCGCCUGUCUGCUUACGGCCCCACACCGCCGCCUGUGAUUGGCGGCAAGCACGCAGGGGACGCCCUGCUCCUCGACACACCCGAUGGGCCAAAGAGACCCGGCGCUAUUGUGCCAAACUACGACAGUCAGUAACACACAGAGAGGGAGAGGGAGAGGGACGAGGGGGAGAGGGAGAGGGCGGUGUGUAAGUGUGUGUGUGUGUAGGUUAUGUGAAGCGUCUUGAGGACCGAUUGUACCGCCCGCUGCCAUUCAUCGGCAUCUACAACCCCAGGCACUUCCCGAGAGGCACCAAGAAAGUCUUUGCACUCGGUUAGCGAGAGAGAUCCAAGACACACACACGUAGAUGAUGCUCAUUCACAUAAGCUAGCUUGCCGUGUGUGUGCUGUCUGUCGUUGACUGACAUCGAUCCCAUCCCCAGGGAAGCGCCAGCCCAACAUGCCCAAGAUGCGUCCGCCAAAGGACAUAGCGCAUUUCUUCGGAAUUGAGGACCGCAAACGGCUCAUUAAGGACCGAAAGAAGAACAUCGACAAAGAAAUCACAAAGCUCAGGAGGUGGAUCAGGAAACACCCCGACAAAGCAAGGUGCGGUGCGCAUGACAUAUAUUCAUUGUCAGCUCCCAUCGCAUCCAAACACACGAGGUGUGUGUCUGUGUGGCUGCCUGUCCUGUAUGUAUGCUAUGCAGCCGAGCGCACAUUCCCGCGACCAAGGAAGAGAUCCUGCAGCAAUACGCGUAAGCACCCGACCACCCACCACCUCAACCCGCCCUUCCACCCCUGUGUGUGUGUGGGCCCGUCCACCAAUCCAAUCCAUUCAGAGCCGAGCAGACGCACCUGCUGUCGAAGGAGGCGGUCCACAAGGCCAAGCAGCGCGCCCUCCGUCCAGCAGGGGCCGGCCACCAGCUCCCCCGGCCCACGAAGCUCAAGGAGUUCUUCAAGCGCAAGGGGCCGCGGCUGGAGGACGACACCAAGGAGAGGGACAGGGACUUCGUCAUCAGGCAGCUGGCCAAGCAGCAGGAGGCCAACCUCAGAGAAACCACGACGAAGCACAAACAGAGGUGAGGAAGGGAUUAAGCCUGAGAGGCUUUGGACGGAGGGAGGGAGAGAGGGCGUGUACACUUGUUGGAUUAUCGGCAUGCGGCCAGCAAAGGGGUGGUCUAGGUGAGUGGAGGCAACCACGGCACGGUUGGGUUGGGGAGUUCUGUGAACGUGACGGCACUUCGUCGAAUGCAAUGCCGUGCGUUGGGAACGGACAGGACAGGCCGUCUUGAUUCGUUCCAAUGUCAGUCAGUCA